AUGAAUGAUGAUGACGGUGACAGCAGGCUGCGUGGGUCGCCUUCCAAAAAUGUUUUCAAAAGAUUGAGCACCUCCCCUGUAAAGAAAAUGUCUACAAACCUUAAUAAAAGUGGGAUCAGGGCAUCACCACUGCGACGCAAGCCCAACUGGGACCACACCAUAGGCUUUCAAACAACUCCCAAGAGAUUGAAGUCUCCACCGUAUCUUCAGAGCUUCGAGCGCUCCGCUGGCACGGUGAGCGUCGAUCGCGUUCACUUUAGCAAUGAUCCAAACGACGAGUCAAUCAAGCUCUCCUUUCCAACCUCUCCCGUGCGAACUACAUAUGGAAACUCUGUCGCACCUGGCGGUGACGGAUCCUUGAGUAGAAUUAGGUCAAGAUUCAGCGGCGGCCAAAGGUCGCCAUCUAAAGCAUUAGACAGCGCUAGAUCCACCAAAAGCUUGCAAGCACUUUCAAAAUCUACACGUAAUUUGCUACCCGAACUUCAGGAGCAUGAUAGUGAGAUUAACCACAUCACCGCUGUCGAGGACAAUUCCCCCAAUAUCACGAGGCAGAAUACAUUGUUAAACUCUGCACUACCUCCCAACCGGGACCGACCAAACUUUAAAAUCAAGAAACCACAUUCGCCGCAUCGCCACAAAACUGUGAAAUUCGAGCCCAUUACUAACGAAAAAGAAAUAAAAGAACAACUAACAAAUAUCUCAGCUUUAUUAGCUAAAGUUAUGGAGCGACAAGACCAGCUUGAGGCUAAAUUAAACUCUAUAGGUCAUGGCUAG